CCCCCCCAUUUUCCAUUUGCUCCCUCCCCUACACAAGCUGCGUUUUGAAUUUCUGUCAAGGGGCUUGUAAUCGAAGUUUCCACUUACACCCUCACACACAAACAAACGAGGUCUUCCUCGUCCUGGUGCAGCAAUAAUGUAGCCUCUUCUUGUGUGUGAUUGAGUCGAGUUUGUGGCUCAAUCAGGAGAGGAAGCCAUUGCCACACGAGAUCGCAACACUUGUACAGCUUUUUAGGGUUCGCUGCUGAUCCCUGCAUCCCAGACGGAGACGGAGGAGGAGGAGAAGAACUGCAGAUUCUCGCUUGGUUCACUGAAGUUGGGGUUGAAGGUUUUUCGUCCUUUGGAUGAAGGUCAAGGUGUUGGAGAAGUGGUGCUUUGACGUGCGACUUGUCUGAGAUAGUCUGUGGUUCUGGAACGGCGUUGGUAAGGGGUUAUGGGAUUUUAGAAUGAUAGGUUCGUCCCCAUGACUUGAGCGUGGAUAAGAGGUUUUAUUGAGCUCGAUGCAAGGACGGGGCUUUUGACGUGUAAUGAGAGCUCUUGCACGUGUGGGAUUAGGAGUGUGGUGAUGUUUUUCUCACUUUUGUGGUGAUGGGUAUGUAGUGAGCAUUUUUUUUCGGAAUUGAAGAGCAGCUCAUUCGACUGGUUAGGCUUAGGAUUCUCGGGAUAGACAUGUGUUAGUGGGUUGCAGGAAUUCGACGUUCUACGAAAAUUUCAUCGAUGGCGGGGAUGUUCCAAACGCCGAUGUUCAACCAGCAGCCAGCACAGCAGAUGCAAGCACAACAAGGCGGUGGCACACAGAUUCAUUUGUUGACCAAUGACAAGAUGCCUGUGUCAUACCAAACCAAAUGGGCUGAUAUUAGUCCUGAGUCGCAACAACUCCUGCUCACGAUUGAAGAAAGAGUGCGAGAGUACAGGGAAGAGAGCCGACGGCUGGAGCAAAGAGAGCAAAAUACGGAUUCGAGUGUCCUCCACAAGAGCUUCGAGUAUGAUGCUGCUCGAAUUUUACAGGAAUUAUCUGCAGUAGGAGGAGCCAUAGAGAGGGAAACAGCCGGAGUUCGAGAAAAUCAAGCUGAUGCUAGUUUACAACUGUUACGACAUGCUGAAAUGGCAGUCCGAUCGUUUCUAAGUUUGCGACCACGUUUCAUCGCUGCUCAGGCUCAGCUUUAUGACUUCUACAGUGGUAUGCCAGCAAGACCAAGUCCUUUUUUACAGCAAACGGUUAUCAGGUUUGAAAACCAAAUGGCUGAAUACAGGCAGCGCAUCGAAGAGAUGGAGCGGUUAUUACUUGUGAACACUGAGAAGGAAAACAGUUAUGGCUCUCAGCUGUCGUUGUUGCAGUCUCUCCCUUCUGUCAUGACCAACGUCCACGACUUCUUCAUCCAUGUUGCUGCUGAGGUCGAGGAAUUGCACCAACACACUGGUGCAAUGCGAACUGCUUUCCUCCAAGAGAGGCACCGACGUGGUGAUGAUAGUGAUCCAUUCGUAGAAGCUGAGCGUCGGGCAAUUGCUCAGCGAGAUGCAGCUGCCAAACGUAUUGUACAUCCAACCCUCCAUCUGCCUGCUCCCCAGACAGUCACUCCAACUGCUCCAGUAGGCACUACGUCGACACCCGGAAUGUUUGGAGGAACGCAACCAGGUAUAUUUCAAAUCCAAUCUUCGACUCCUGUGGCAUCUCAGUCACUUUUUGGAUCAACUCCUACUCCCAGUACAAACCUUUUUGGAUCAACCACUCCUUCUACGAACUUGUUUGGUUCAACUACUCCCAACCUAUUUAGUUCUACUCUUACUACGACUGGGGGAUCAUCGUCUUCGUUGUUUGGGAGCACAUUGGGCUCAACUACUCCUCAAGGGUCUACAGCUGCCGCGUCCGGAGGGUUGUUUGGUACUCAGACACCAGCUCCCUCCACUAAUUUAUUUGGCUCUCAAGCCCCUGCCAGUUCAGGAGGUAUAUUUGGAUCGACACCAACCCCUGCAGCAGGGGGUUUGUUUGGCCAACAGACGCCUGCUGCUUCAGGGGGUCUGUUCGGCCAGCAAACUCCGGCACCAUCUGGUGGUUUAUUUGGUACACAAACUCCUGCAGCUUCCGGUGGCUUGUUUGGCCAGUCGACUCCAGCGGCGUCUGGUGGCUUAUUUGGCACACAAACUCCAGCUGCAACUGGAGGCGUGUUCGGUGCUGCUUCUUCCACACCUUCACCUUUCAGCACUCCUGCACCCUCUGCCUUCGGUUCAUUACUCACGACACCCUCGGCAGGAACAACUACGACAGCCCCAAAACCUAAGCCACGUGGCACACGUCGAAAGUAAACAAUUCUUGUGUCUUACUUUGCAACAAAUUUUUCUGCAGUAGUGGUGUCUGCAGUAAGUUAUAUCUGCACUGGAAUAUCACGUGAUGUGUAGAAUGGUUUAGGCAUUUUAUCCAUAUGCAAGCGCAUCAUCAUUCUGAACAGUUCAACUUGGAGGAAAGGCUCCACUAGAUUGUUUACAUCUGAAAUCUACUUUAACCUUUGUUGGAGUCCUGGAGAAGACCAAAUAGAAGAUGUGUCUGAAGGUUCUAUAAUUGUAUCUUUCUUUUUAUAACUGACAGUCCACAGGUUGUAUUCUGCAACGAAAGUUAUUUUGGAUUUAUUCGCAAAGAGAAAAGUUUUCAACCUGGGUUAUACCCGAUUUGUAGUU